ACUCAUGCUGCUUCUCUUUCUCCUCAUUCUUCCCGUCCUGCUGUCAUCCUCAUGGCGUGGAUCUUUCUCUCUGUUCUGCCGAUCCUUCUUUUGCCUUUUGUCAGAGGCGAUUUGGUAACUGCAGCUUUGGGCGACACCGUGAAGCUGUCACCGCAGAUUAACUGUGGCCAGAGAACCGCGGAGCUGAUUAGGAGGCUGAGUGAUCACUCCUCUGUUCGGAUGGCCGCCUCGGUUGACGGAGUUCUGCAGCAGGUAGAAGAAUACAGUUUACGGCUGAACAUCUCCUCAUCGGGUAUUUUCCUGAAGAAUGUCAACUACAACGACAACGGACAUUAUGAGUUCAGCUGUGGAGACAAUAUUGAGCGCAUCAUCGAGCUAAAGGUUGUCUUUAUCUCCAACAUCUCCGCGUCUGAAGGUGAACCAAGAAAACUUCCCUGCUUCUCUUUAACUCAGGGUGUGGAUGUGAAGUUUGUUCAGUGGGAAACUAACGGGCAGGUUGUGAUUAAAGUGGAUCUUUCCGGUAACGUCGAAUAUGGAGAAAGAUUCACAGACCGAGUGUCUUUGCCACCUGACUGGCGGUCAGUGGGGGAUCUGUCGCUGAUCCUGGAGCGGGUCCAGCUGGAGGAUCAAGGGGAGUAUUACUGCUAUGUCCAGAAGGACUCUAAAGAGAGAGGAGACCCUGCUGCAUGGAGACUGAGGGUCCGACAGGAGCGACCGAGCAUUAAAACCUUCACCACUCCGUCUCCGCUGACCCAAAGACCGCCUGCGCAUAAGGAACCUUUGUGUAUUCGCCUUCCCGUCUUCAUUAUCAUUAUUCUGGUUUCUGCUCUUUUCUGUAUCCUGAUUGGAUGGUGCCUUCGGUCUCAUAAAUCAAAGGAGGUGAAGAACUGCCUUCAUAUGAAAUGCUGGGACAGAGAAGGCCGCUCUCCAGACCAGGAAACCUCAGCUGGCCUCUUCCCCUAAUAGAUUACACUCUGCUGUCUGUUUGUUGCAUUUUAUGUGGAGAUUUGCGCCUUUCAGCUCUAACUGGAGCCGA